AUGGGCCAGCUGUCUGGUCUUGAUGCUGCGGGGAUGGCAGCUGUUCAGCAAUCCUUGGCCAACAUGGUCGCUGCCGCCCAGCAAGCAACAAUGCCUGCGACACAGCCACUCCAGCAGCGAGCAUCAGAUGCCCCAGAGGCAUCCAAUGCCACGCCAGUUGUUGACAAAGCCAAGAUUGUCGAAGGUGACUCGCAGCCGCCAGUGCCAAGCACCCCGAGCCCUGCCACGCCGAUCCCGUCAGUGAAUCCCCCGACCCCGUCGACGAACCCGCCCAUGUUGGAGACCCCGAGCCCUGCCUCUGAUCCUUGCAGCACUCUUGCGUUGCCCAAAGCAGGUUAUUCGGGCCCCAUCAACUCGAGCACACACAAGACCGAAUACCGGUCGUUUCAGCGCUUUUGUGAGAACUCGCCGGGAGCAGAGGAACUCAAGAAAUGCUGGGUGCAGGGGGGGCCGAAACGCCUUGCAAUGUUCCAGAAGUUUGUCGCGACAGGCUGCAACCCGUUGGCUUUGGAGUGCGCUCUCCGAUUCCGCCGGCAAAGGGAGGAGGAGGACAAGGAUGAAGGUGAAUACUAUCCUUGGAAGGACAUCCUCUCUUUCCAUGAGGGGAACAGGGACAAGGCGUUGCAGUUCGUGUCAAAACGCCGCGCUGAGCCACACGGGACCUCGACGGACCGGAAUGAUGCAACCAUCGAUGACAUCGCUAUUUCAAUGGGUUGCUCGCCCUCCUACGCUGCAACCGUGGCUUCGCAGCUCGACAACAUGAACGGUGCUUUGUCGAUACCGGGCACUGGCGGUAGCGGUGCUGCCGGGUCCCAGGAGGAUUCAGAGAAUCCCCCUCCGCCGGCCCCUGCUGCUGGGAACUCGGGUGGCAAUCCGAAGAACAAAGCCAAAAACGGCAGCCCUGCUGGGAACACCAAAUCUGACCAGCCGCUGAAGAAGGCGAGGUCUGUGCGGCCGGAGGCACGAACCAUGACGGAUAGGAGUGAUAGUGUGCAUGUGCCCUUACAUGUGUGCCCAGCUCAAUCAACCACGAUGACUGCCAUGCAGGGUUCGGAUUUGGAGUUGACCAUCAGCACUGAUGAUGUUGGACUUUUCGUCAAGUCCUGGGUGGCCGCGGCGAACACGGCUCAGGGGCAAGCCGUGAAAAUGUCUGCAGAGCUGGAGGCGCUCGACAGCCAAGAAGCUUUGAUGGGGAAGCUUAAGGACUGCGCCGAUGGCAUCGGGGCCUGCCGGAAGAAGCUCCAGGCUCUGGGGACGGCACCGGUGGCAUCUGAUGUGCAGACGGCCCUUAUGGAA